AUGAUGGCAGCUGGGAUCUUUCUUGCCAGCUCGUGCAUGCAUCUGCUUCCAGAUGCACAAAACAAUAAAGCAUUGACUGAGUGGGGAUGUGAGCACACGGGCGAGGUAUUUUUGGCUGUGCAUACACGCUACCAUGGCGACAAGAAACACUGUUUUAGAUGGGCCAACUUUUUCUAUGGCUGCGGCUUUCUAAUAGUCCUACUUGUUGAAGUACUCGCACAUAUGCUACAACGACAUUACAGUAAGGCGCAUGGACAAGGACAGGAUGAAUGCGAGGCACUUCUCGUAAUCGAUUCACGGGCCGCCGCAUUGGACAACUUGGCCCGAGCUACUGGCUAUUCACAUGAUCAAAUCGAGACCGGCGAGUAUGGCACACGAGGAGCGAGAUUUGAGCAAAUGCGUUCAACAGCAAAUGACAAGGAGGAUUUGCAUUCGCAUAUUCACGGCAUUGUCAAAGGAAACCCCAUCCUUGCACUUGUUGUGUUCAUUGCUCUUUCCUUUCAUUCAGUAAUGGAGGGAAUGGGGAUAGGAGCCUCAAGCAGUCCAGCGUGGGAUAUUCUCGUCGCAAUCUUAGCUCACAAGUCAUUAGCAGCGUUUGCUCUAACGCUUGAGUUUUUGCAACAUAACGUUUCGAAAAAACAGCUUUUGAUAACAAUUACAAUCUUUUCGCUCAUGACUCCCAUGGGCAUUUGCUUUGGCCGAUUGCUUGUGGAUUCAAAUCGUGCAACACCUGCCGGUGGAGUCUGUGCUGCACUUGCUGGUGGUACCUUUCUAUUUGUCGCUAUCAUGGAGAUUAUCCCACAGGAAUUGCAGGAUCCACGAUUUCAACUUGAAAAGUGCACGGCUUUACUUGCUGGCUACGGCACCAUGGGUAUGCUUUCAUUGUGGACGUAA